AUGGACGACGAUAACUUCAACUCUGUCUCAACGAAACUCUUAACGCUCCUUAAUGUCUCGGCGACGAGGAGGGAUAAGAAGCGGCGUCCAAAUGACGAUAUCAAACCUCCGGGGAAGAGGAUCACAUUAGGGGGCAAACCCAAGGCGGUAUUCAGCACAACAGUCGUUAGUUCAACCUUCGUGGCCCGGGCGAUAGAUGGGCAGAUUGAUUCGAAGCCUGAUGCGGACAUUGAUGAAGCUCUCGAAGACGAUCUUGAGGUUGCCGAUGUCAAGGAUCCUUUUAACGAUCACUUCGGUGCAAAACAAUCUUCUUUGUCUCCUAGUGCUUUAAAUGCUUUGGACGAGGGAAAGUGGACCACUCGACAGCGAAAGAUAGGCUCACUUGGGGCUUUCCAAGAAUUAUUGCUUCUGGACAAUGCUUCUGAGGUACAACUGUCCGCAAAGGUCAGUUCUGCUGAGUCCGCAAAGCUGCUCGCUUCAUUCAAGUCUCGACUUGAUACGCUGAACGACGAAAUGCGAUCCUUAUGUGCGGACUUUGCGAAGCUGGCUGGCACGUAUGAAGACGUCUUUGUGUCUGAUCGAGAUGGCCGGAAGCAGCAGGCGUUCCGAGAGGCAAUAUCAGUGCAUGCGUUGAAUCAUAACAACGACCGAUUAGCUCACUUUGAUGAAGCUGCAGGUGGCGACCCUCCCUCGGAUGUACAGGACCAAGGCUUCACUCGACCUAAAGUGCUUUUCCUCCUUCCGCUCCGAAACUCUGCGCUUUCCUGGAUCGAGACCCUCAUCUCUAACUCGCCGACAAGUCAGACAGAGAAUCACUCCCACUUUCUCGCCGAGUAUUCACUGCCAAAGGGUGUUUCCGACCGCCUGGCCGAGAAUCCAGAGAAUUAUCCAAGAGACCAUGUGGACAAUUUCGAAGGCAACAUCGAUGAUAAUUUCCGCUUGGGACUAAAAUUAACAAGAAAGACCAUGAAGUUGUUCACGGAAUUUUAUUCCUCGGACAUGAUUGUCGCUAGCCCUUUGAGUAUGAAGAUGCUCAUAGAGAAGGACAAAUCAAAAAGUGCUGAUUUCUUGUCAUCCAUCGAAAUUCUCGUCGUUGAUCAGCUGGACGUGAUGUCGAUGCAGAAUUGGGAACAUCUGCAGUUUGUUCUUGGACACAUAAACAAACUGCCGAACGAGACUCGGGAUUCUGACUUUUCUCGCAUUAAGCCCUGGUAUCUGGAUGGCCAUGCCGCCAAGCUGCGUCAGACGCUCCUUUUCUCCCCUUAUGAGACGGCCGAAAUGAGAGCGCUGUACAAAUCUCUGACGAACGUAGCUGGCAAGCUGAAAACAGAGCAACGAUUUACUGGCUUAUUAACACAGCUACCGAAGGGUAUCCAGCAAACCUUCAUGAAGUUUAGCUGUUCCAGCCCACUGCAGGAAGCUGAUGCCAGAUUUGAAUACUUCACGAAACAAGUCAUGCCCUCUUUGCUCAAAUCCGCAGUGCGAAGUGUCAAUACCAUGAUCUUCGUACCGUCGUAUUUCGACUACGUCAGGCUGCGAAAUCAUUUCAAAGAUACAGGAGCAAUCUCGUACACCACACUCUCCGAGGAUGUUAGCAACUCGGAGAUUGCGCGGGCGAGACAGCAAUUCUUUGCGGGAAAUAAAGCCUUCGUGAUCAUGACAGAGCGUUUCCACUUCUAUCGCCGAUAUCGCAUUCGCGGAUUCAAGAACAUAACAUUUUAUGGACUACCAGAUCACGGAAAUUACUAUGACGAGCUGUUGGCCAUGCCGUUCCAAGAUGCAGAAGACACGGAGGGUAGCGAUUUAUUCGUCCAGGCCAUCUUUUGCCAGUAUGAUUUUUUGCGGUUGGAGCGAAUAGUGGGAACCCAAGAUGCCCGGAAGAUGAUCAAGAGUCAGGAAGAUGUAUUUACUUUUGUAUGACCGAUCAUCUGGAAGACAUCAGAUAGAUUUUUAUUAUGAGAUCC